AUGAGUUACUCUAAAGUGUAAGGUGUACCGCCGCCUUUGCCCUGCCGAACUGCGGGUUGCCUUGUUUUUACAUGACUAUGAGUAUGCGUGUUAACAAUAAGGUCUUAGGCAACUUGCUUUUGACUUCCAUAAUCGUUUAUUGCCUCGUACGGCUUACCAAGAGCAAUACUUUAUUCCACACGAGGCGGGCCUUUCUUCGAUUUGUUUUCCUUCCAUAAACUUAUUCUCAUAAGCUGCUCCGAGAGGGAUCUUAGUUUGCUUUCAGGAUCCACGCAUGACGGCACACUUAGGUCAUAAUGAAUGACCACCUUUUGCACCUGGGCGUGCAUACUCCAAUGUCCAAAAUAAGGAAAAGCAGAUACGAGCUCACCAGACCGGCUUCUACAGACUUCCAUGCCAGGAUUGACUAAAUCUUUCAAAAAGACCCAGCUGUGACCGGAGGGAAAGUUGUAUUUAUUAAACAACCCUCGUAUGAAGAAUGUUUCUCGACGAACAGUACACUCUCCUGAGCGUUCUUUGCAAGUAACUUCACCAAAAGUCCAUUUAUUCUUCCAGUUAUGUUCAUUACUAUGAUCUAGUCCCUUUUCAUCCCGAUACCACCGUCUGCAUGCCUCAUGGGUAUAACGUAAGGUAAUAUAGGCCGAUGCAUGACAUGGAGGCCAGGACAGGUUGGAUGACAGGAUUCGCACAAACAGGGAAGAACAAAAAGGUAGGUAACGAUAUCGGAACUUCGAUUAGUGAAGAACUCGACCGCCGCAGAAUGCUUUAGUAUUGCGCUAUUGAGCUGAGAAAAGGAAGCACCGGCGGCAGACGAGAGAGUGCAAGGGAAACGUUCCGACACGUGAAUGUCCUUCAUUAUAACCGUGGAGGAUAAUUACCGCUGCCAGACUUGACUAAUUGGGCUCGGAAAGAAAAGUAACCUGCGAACCAAGAUACGGUCCAACCAGGAGAGCAAUGAUUGGAUACUUUAUAAAGGAGGAAAUGUCAUGGAACAGUAUUGAGAACAGAGAAAUAAGCAAGAAACGCACAUGCGUGCUCAAGAGUACACUCGCCUAGACCUCCGAGAGAAGGAUUAAUCACCAGGGCAACAGCAUCGGAGAUACUACACCUGGUCCUAUAGGUAAGUUGCGAAACUUUCCACAAAAUGGACGAAAUUACUUGAUGUUUGUGGUGACUCGCUCAACUAGCUUCUGAGGAGCGGACGAACAUGUAGCCGGAUUGCAGGCAUUAGGACCAACACUAUCCGGUUUCCAGAGAUGUAGAUGACUCUUACAUUACACCAAGAACAAGGUAUCUCCCGUGCCUUGAAAGACGGCGAAAUAAAAAGCAGCAUGUUUGCGAUACGUUCGUAGGAAACCAAUUUUCUGAUCGAGCCAUGUUUUCGGAAAAAAACCAGAACCUUUCGCCAGAAAACCACUCAAGCAAUGGAAGGGACCGUUGCAACUCACCCCAUUCACGCACGGGCUCCUUAGACUGGUUGAGUAGGUUAAACUGGCUAAAUGAUAACCCCUAAACUAUGUACUUUAUAACGGUUUGCAAUUAUACUACGUGCCAAUGCGUACACCCAGAAAUCUAGUAUUUUGUUCAUUCAUCGUCACAACUCAGUGCUGAGAGCAGUCCGGAGACGUGAACUGCAUGCUAUAGCCUUGUGGAAACGAACGUUCAAUGUUUUCGCUUUAGGUUGGAGUCUACUUUUCGUUUGGGAUUUAAUUUGCUCAUAGAUGUUGUUUGAUAUUCUCAACUCAAUCCGAAUUAUUGAAUGUAAACGCUUUGCUCGAGAACAGCUGAUGUCAAGGUUAUAGCAAGGUACACUGUCAUAUAGCGAGUCAGAUAAUCGUUUCGUUGAAGAAAAGUUGCACUAAUCUGCAAGCGCAUGGAUAUGACCCGAAGAAAGGGGGGGGUCCUACACCCUUAGGCGAGCCGUUUUACCGCACUGCAACCGUGGAACAUCGUCCUUAUCCUUUUUUUUAAAUAGAAGGAACUCUUUUCACCCAUUGCCCCUUGUGUCCGCAACGGUUUUUCAACAGUGACAACAAGGAAAAAAGCCAAGCGCUCUACGAGGCAGGCAAGGAGUCCAACAAGGCCGUAUUUACUCUCCAAGGCUCUUUGACUGUCGAAUUCACGGAAACUCAUCUACAGUUUGAGGCGGGAGCAUUCACUCUCUUCGGUGAAUCAAUACUCUCUAGUAAGUUGUCUUGUUUGACUUUGACGAGUAAAGUAGAGCAGAGCCGUCAGGCUUCGGAGACAAAUACUUAAGCACAGCCAACUCGGUAUCUCCGAAGGUUACCAAUAAGGCGCCACAUUUAUUUAACUGUCAAAAACAGUUACUUGUGGCAUAAAGAAAGUCUUAAGCUCUUGUUUGUCAAAAAGUAGGAAUUUGUGGCAGGCUACGGGAGCAGGGGCAGAGGACUAGCGCAGAAUGCUGUCAGGAGAACCGCUUAACCACAACAACUGAUUACCGUCAAAUGGCUUGCAUAUUUUGGACUCUCAUUUCGACAGCUCGCUUCAACCGGCGCCCAAGUCACUCAGUAGCAUGCACAUGAGAGGUGUGAUUGGUCCCCCCGGCUCGGCAACGAUUUAAAGCAUGGUUUCCAACAGAAUCGUAGGGGAAAUAUGCAGACGAACAAUGCAGGGUAGCUUCCUGCGCCGCCCUACGUGUCUGCAAUAAUUGACACCACAACGAUUCUAUGGGUUAGUUCAGUUGAUGUAAAUGCGGAAGAGGAUAUUCACAGCCUUACGAUCAAGAAGGCAUUAAACCGUCAAUUUAACAACCCAAGAACUCAUCCUCAUCUGCUUUGCGACUUGAGCAUCCUAGUUCGUUUUCCCCGAAUCCAACCUGGGAAGUUUGUUUAGUCAAAUUAUUUGCUCUUUUUCAAAAAACAUAAGUUUCGGAGGGCAUAGCUGAAUGCGAGAUUAGUGCUCUGCCUGGGGCACAGCCGAUUUGGUAACAAAACUUAACCGGGAGCUCUGGUCUGAAUAAUGCCGGAUGCCAUCUCAAGUUGUCUUCCAACCCUAGGUUACUAGUUCCAAUACAUGCGCGCUUCUUGCAUUUACGCCAAAAUAACGAAUCGCUUAUCUUCAGAUAUAAACGAAACCUUCCCGGUACUUCCCGAUGACUGGAACUUGGAGGCUCUUCUCCAAACUCUGGGCAAUAAGGCGAGAUUUACUCCAGAUUUCAAUACGCGCGUAACAUCGGAUGUCCUUUUUCUGGAAAUAACAGCCGAAAAGUAUCUGCUUAUUCGCUAUCUCAGUCAGAAGAUUCAGACAGGCAAGUCCCUAGUGGUUUGUCAACACCUCUGAUAUUACUUCUCCCGUGACACGUCUAUUACCUUUGAAACUAAACUGAUGUAGGACAAGGGCAAGAGACCAUCAGGAAUCGGUAUUCUCGUGCAGAAAUCAGACGCUCCGCGACAGGAUCAGGCCACUGACCUCGAUCCACCGUUAGGGACUUCAGCAUUCAUAGAGACUCGACUACUGGAGCACGACUUUUAUUAGCCUGACAUUUCGGAUUCAUUUUCGAAACCACUGUCAUCACGCCUUGUCGUCUAUAAUGAUGGGUUCAAGAACGAAACGUGAGGUAGAUAAAAUGAUCGUUCCAACGGUUGAGUCCCUACUUUGUCCAUCCUUUCUUGUUUGACGAAAAUUAAAUAAAAUUCCGGUUCCAGAAAGGCACUGUUAGCUGCCACCGCGAUAAUACGACAGGGAACCCAGAGCGAAGUAAGGGCUAGAAGGAACGGCUCCGUCCUGACACUUCUGAAAUGAAAAAUACUCGAAAUAACAUGAAUUCCAGGCCACUCCUGCCUGGACCUUCUGAGUUACUUGUACUUGAUACGGCUGCGAUCAUGCCUGAUUUAGCCGGCCUCGAUGAUGUCCCGAAUUGUACCUCUCCACGCGUGAGUAGUCCAGCUCGCAUACUAUUCGCCCGCACCACUGGACUAGGGUUGCGGAGCGCGUCGGUUCCCGCGGACACCGUAGCAUGGGUCGUAAUACUGUGAUUGGACAUGUUGCAUGAGGUUUCUUGGGAAUUUCGAAUACGGGCGGGUCCCCAACAGCCGCUCGGAUUGUUUGUUCGAGGUUGUCUCCUCUAGCGCUUUGGCUUAAAAACCUAACCACAAGGCAGCGGUGGCAAGUAAACUUAUUUAAUGGCGGUUUACGGUCGCCAUGUCACAAUGCCGUCAUUGGGCUUUGCGGCAUUUUAUAAGGCUUUCAGCGUGCCAGACUUCAGCCCACCGCACCCUGGUAGCAAUGUCGCUGCUGGUCCGCGACUGCUUAUUCGUCAAACCUGGGUCUGCUUAUUUCGCAGCUAACCUUCACUGAAGGUCGUCCCACUAUCCGCCACCUGUGGACGCGCCGGGUAGCCAGCAGCAAGGCUAACGGGCAACCCGUCUUCUGACUGACAGGAUUUAGUAAAGAAAUUGCAGCUACGACCAAAGAUUUCAGGAGACGAAGAAUUUGCGAAGCAAAAUCAGCGGGGAUAGAGAUAAGCAGCUUUAGCUCUCUGGUCGGCCCAAUAAUAGAAAACAUGAAAAUAAUGACCACUCAUCUCCUAAGGCAGACAUUGCAGUGACCAACGCUAUACCUGAAAUGCAAACAUGAUGAACUGGGAUGCGAAAAAAACCAUUCUGAGCCAUGCUUAUCCGUUUUCCUCAACCGAUCUUCGUCGACCGGCACCGCAACUCAGCAUCAAAACCCGCUCCCAGAAUCGUCGCAAAACGUCUGCUAGCAGGUUUCUCUAUAAAUAGUCCUGCAGCUAGCUGUCACUAACGCCUCGGAACAAUUUUUAGAAGGGUUACAAACGUCUCUGAGUCCGAACCACCCCUUUAAUUAAUUUGAACUUUCACACACAUACGCUGAAAGCUAGUCAAAGCUAUCAUUUUAGCCCCGAAGUAAGGUGUGCGAAAAUACGUACCUUAGGGUGGUCAGAUAAUUUUUUCCAUAACAGGUAGCAAUUCAAGCGUAUCACAUACGGCAUCCUUCCCGGUCCGCUUUCUGCUCGCCGCCAUUUUCUGGCAAAAUGCGAGAUACUUUUGAGACUUAAAUCCGUCAGUUCAAUAAAAACGUACGCUUGCAAGCGUAACUGCUUUCGACUUAGUGGGACCUUUCACUAAAAGUAAUGGGCUGCGGGCAUAGCUCGCAAUUUCAAUGAGACUUUCAUGAAAUACACGGGACCAGAUUACUUUUGAGGACGUUUUACUAGGUCUGGCGUUGGAGAAGAAAUAAACUUUCCUUUUAAACCUCUUUAUUUUGACCAGAGCAACUGUCCGCAGACCGACAUGGAGCAGUGGUCCAGUUGUUUGAAAAGUUUUGGGAAAGAAGACACUCAAAGAAUCUGCAGAUUCUCCAUGACAGCUCAGGUGUGAGUCUGACGGAGGAGAGCAGAGACGUGGAAAAACUGUCUGGGCAUCAUUUGCAGCCCGACAGUCUACAUCGCCUCAGCAGCUAG